AUGUUUCAUUUAGCCAAUUCCUGCACGUCGCUUCAAUGCUUUUACAAAAGGUGUUUUUCAUUUGUAAAUGGCCGCAGCUACAGCGUACGCCGGUUUGUACGUGGCGUGACUACUGCGUCCUCCGGCGACUCCGCACGACCCAAACGCCCAGUGGCCUAUAUCUCCAUGGGGACGAAUUUGGGUGGUGAAAGGCGGCUUAGUAUACUAGAAAGCGCUCUUUCAAGCAUUCGGAGAGAAAUCGGCUCCCUUGACGCCUGUUCCUGCUUGUACGAAUCGCUUCCUGGCUAUGACGUGGAUCAUCGGAGCCGAGAUGAACACGACAUGUCGAUUCCGCUUCAUCUGAACGCAGUGGUGCGCGUCGAAACAGAUACAAGUGACCCCCAAGUAAUCUUGGAAACUUUGCAGCGCAUAGAGGCAAACCAUGGUAGAGACCGGUCGGCCACAGCCGGCAGAUUGCGCAGAGCAUUGGACCUGGACCUUCUGCUAUUUGAAAAUUUAGAUUCAGACAGCAUGCAGGUAAAUACCGACAACCUGACGCUGCCUCAUCCUCGACUGGCCCAGCGGAAUUUCAUCCUCUUCCCACUGUGCGACAUCAAGCCAGAUUUGGUGCAUCCCACGGAGAAGGAAACAGUUAAAAGUUUGAUUUUGAAGAACUUGCGACGCAGAGAGGAGGCGUUGCGGCAUUCCGUAUCAAGUUCAGCAGAAACUUCUGAUGCAGCUGUAAAGCUCAACCCCAAAUCGCCCUACACCCUUGACGGCAACCUUGCGAUUCCCCGCAGGUGUUUCGCAGUCAAUAACCGCCAGUUAUGGACAGUAAAGGGGGGUACAGAAUCUGCAGUUUCAGACACACUUAGAUGGAUUGAAGAAGUGCUGACAAGAUAUGGGCUUGGGGACAACUGUGAUCAGCAGGAUCCAAACUUGCCUGCGUUUGCUGGGCCCCUCCUUUCCCUCAAGCGUUUUCUUUUGCGGGAGCGACGCUCACCCAGAUUGAUGGGGGUCCUCAAUGUUACUCCCGACUCCUUCAGUGACGGCCAAAAGUACUACGACAAUGUGGAGGCUGCAUUAAGGCAUGCUCGGCGAAUGAGGGACGACGGCGCUGACAUCGUUGAUGUGGGGGGAGAGGCAACAAACCCUUUCGUGCAAGAGCAAGUGUCGGUACACUCUGAAAUACAGCGCGUGGUGCCAGUGGUCGAGGCAUUGAGGAGAGAGAUGGAAAAAGAUGUUAUUAUCUCAGUUGACACAAGGCGAAGGCCCGUGGCGGAGGCCGCGACAGCGGCCGGUGCUGACCUAAUCAACGACGUGAGCGCAGGCGAGGUGGACCCAGACCUUCUCAUGUUUGCCGCAUCCAGAGGCUUCCCGCUUGUUCUGAUGCACUCACGUGGUACUCCGCAGUCUAUGGACAGUCUGGCAGUGUACGACGAUGUUAUUGCUGAGGUGGCGAAGUACUUGACUGAUAAGACUGAGACGCUAAUUAAAAUGGGACUGCCGCGAUGGCGUCUGGUUCUGGACGUGGGUUUGGGCUUUGCAAAGACUGCCGAUCACUCCUUUGAGAUACUCCGCAGACUUCGAGAUCUUCGAACUAAACUGCCCAGCGGUCUGCCGAUGCUUGUUGGUCAUUCCCGGAAAAGGUUCAUUGAAUCGGCCAUAGCAGCUAUGCCGGACAAUCAUGCAAAACAGGAGUCACCGGGAAACAAGGCAAAUGAUGGUGAAGGAAAACUGACAGAAGCAACUAUGUCUAACCGUGACGUCGCGGGAUUAGCUGUAGCAUGUUGGGCUGCAAAGGACAACUGCGUCGAUAUCCUCAGAGUACACGAUGUAAAGCGAACAGCCGUAUUCUACUCGGUCAUGAAUGAGCUGACGAAAAAUUCAAAGACGGACGCCCUAGCCGACUUUAAGGCGAUGUUUCCUACGGAAAGUACCUAG